GAUUGAUUAUUUUCCAUUCAAGUGGUUCAUUAAACUAUAAAAGUAAAAUUCAAAUAAACUAAAAAGAAAAUUAUAGUAACAAAUCUGAAGAACAGUUGCAUUCAAGUUCACAAAAUGGCAACACAAAAGUCAAAAGGAAAAUGUGUAGACAACGCUUUUGAAAAUCGUUACAAACCUGCAAAUCGUAAAGAAGGAUUUACUAAUUCAAAAUAUGUAGCACCGGUUCCAGUUACCAAGGAUAAAAGUAUCAAGUCUUCUAGUUCUGGUAAGAAAUCGCAAUCACCUAAGGUUCCCUUCGUUUCAAGAAUUCGAAUGCCGAGUGUUUCAGAUCCUCGUGGAAAGCAUGUAUCUAAUGGUUCUAAAACUAAUUUACCAGAGGUAAGUGCUGACAAAAGCGUAAAGUCGGGCAGUAAAAUAGUUGUUGGAAAUUUGAAAACCAAUUCCCAAACCAAUGAGAUCGGCGUAAAGCUACGCAAAUCUAGUGAUGCUAUAGUCAGCACUACAAUGACUAAGGACAAUGAAUGUAUCAAAAAUCAGUAUAAUAUAGCUGCUUUCCUGCAAAAAAGAUCAUUAUCAGAUAUUGACAUAUCACACCAAAAGUCAGUUUUAGAGGAUAGAAAAACUCAAUCUGCAGUCGCAAUUAUAUCUAACGAUCAUUCAUUGGUUAAGAACUAUCCUCCUACAACUUAUGCUGAAUGCCAUCUUAAUCGUCAAUAUGCAGCCAUGAAGAUAUAUUCCGUUUUACUCUUUAAUGUGUGGCAAAAGAAACUCCGUGAAGUCGAUCACUUUACUGAGAAACUGGAAGCCAUCAAAAAGUCUUACAUUGGCUGCAAAAAUCAAAAACUUGUGGUUAGUACUAUGCUUCGUAUGGAGCAAAAGCGUAAUCAGAAAAUUCGUCAAAAGCUGGAUGAGUCUACUGAACUAUUACGUACAACUAACGAAUCAUGCAAGUUCUUACAAAGUACAAUUAAUUCAAUAAACACUGAGAAAAAGGUUCUAGAACAGGAAAUUAAAAAUAAAGACAAUCAAUAUGAUGAUCUCCAAACUACAAUUGCCUUAGUCGAAUCUGAACUAACCAAGGCAAUUUCUGAACAAGCUGACUUGCGUAUUAAGUUUAACGCAGAGAAGUUUCAGUCUGAGAUGUUGACCAAACAAGUUAAUAAUUUGGUAGGAGUUAUAUAUAAGUUAAAUCAACAAAGACGUGUAGUGGUAAAUGAAUUGUACAUGGUAUUAGCAUUAAAAAAUCAACAGUUCUUGAACAUGGAAGCCGAAGUUGAAAGUCUUCAGAGUCUGUAUGAUAAACUAAAGUUGAAAGAGCACGACAUUAAGAAAUAUCAAGAGGAAGAAGAAGUACUCAAGAAGGAAUGUGAGGGUUUACGUUUAGAGAUAAUUAAUCUGGAAAAUUCCUUAAAGGAUACUUAUGUGCAGCGCUUUAAGCAUUUCUUGAGUGGUAAAUUCGGUAAUAACUUCGGAAUUACAGCAUUACAGAUAUUAGGAUUUGCAGCGUUUGCUGUCUGGCCUGUUGCUCCACCUCCAUUCAUUUUCCCCUGUCCAUCUUUUGUAGAGAAAGAACAGUGUAACUGUGGUGUUAAAGAAUAUUGAGUUCUUUGUUUUCGUUUUGUGAUAUUAUAGUAUUAUUUAAACAUUUAUUUCACAUAUAAUUUUAAAUUUAUUUCACAUAUAAUUUUAAAUUUUUACAAAAUAUUUUUACUUAUAUACAUAACUUUUUUCCUAUUGCUAUUCUUGAGCUAAUAACUGUAGACGCUCUCAAAAACACAACUUUACGCGACUUCUGGUAAAGCACUACAUAGAGUUGUGGUUUACUGGAUAUAUUGUGUUACUAAAUUUUAAUUAUUUGAUUAUGUAUAAAUUUAUAAAAUAAA